UUCAACCUCCUCUGUCCGUCUCUGUUGUUGUUGUUGUGUCGGUGACGCGGCAAGUCUAGCCGGCCGAACGGCAAAUGAGUCAGCAUCAAUAAUCUGCCAAUUUUGCAUGUGGAGAUUAAUAUAGAUCUCCCAGCAACACAAUUGCAUAUCGAUAAGCUCCAAUAAAGCAAAAAAUGGCGGUUCCUGCAGCCCCAAACCUGCAGCUGAACACGGCGAGACAAAGCAGCCCAGUGAGCUCUACGGAAAACGACAUCCACAUCGACGAAAGAGAGCUGGAGAACAUCACCAACCACGUCGAGGAUGGCACCUCAUUGCCGCUACACUCGCCCUGGACCUUCUGGCUCGAUCGGUCAUUACCAGGUACAACGGCAGCAGAGUGUGAAUCAAAUCUGAAAAAGAUAUAUACCGUCCACACUGUACAGAGUUUUUGGAGUGUGUACAACAACAUCCCUCCUGUGUCCUGCCUCCCUCUGAGGUGUAGCUACCACUUAAUGCGAGGAGAAAGAAGACCACUAUGGGAGGAGGAAAGCAAUGCAAAGGGAGGUGUUUGGAAAAUGAAAGUGCCAAAGGAGAGCACAUUAGCUGUCUGGAAAGAACUGCUAUUGGCUACUAUUGGUGAACAGUUCACAGAUUAUUGUGCAUCAGAGGAUGAAGUGGUUGGAGUAAGUGUCAGUGUGAGAGAGCGGGAAGGUGUUCAGGUCUGGAAUGGAAACGCCUCUUUUGCCAAUGAGGCAAACGUUUAGGAAGAAUCUACGAAACUUCUUCCACAGAUAUCUUUUAAAGCAGUAUUUUAUAAACCACACGAGGAGCACCAUGCAUUUGAAGGUGGUCGCUCAAGACAUUAG